UUUUUAGAAAACAGUCACAACGGAAGUUUGGAAGCGACACGGAUUCUGUGGCAGUGUCGAGGAAGAUAAGUCAAACUGAAAUAGCCUCUAAUUUCUGUACUGCCACAGAGUGGAUUAUCUCAGUUUUACUGACUGCAGCAGCAUGGCAGACGGCAAGCUACACGCAAGUGGAAAGACUGGCAUUGUCGAUGAUUUUAUGUACGGUUCCAAUGUCGCUUCGGCGCAUGUCUACAUCCGACUGGGAUUUCUUCGCAAAGUGUAUGGGAUACUUUCUGCUCAGCUACUGACCACCACAAUAUUGGCAUCUAUCUUCCUUCUUCAUGAACCUGCUAAACAGUUUGUGCAAGAGAAACCAUGGAUGUUGUUUGUUUCGUUGAUUGGAACCUUGGGAGUUCUCCUGGCACUUGUGUGGAAACGCAAUGAAACCCCUAUCAACUACAUCUUGCUUGGUGUAUUUACCUUGUUGGAAUCCUAUGCAGUUGGCGUAAUUGUGACACUCUACUCAGUUGUAUCUGUUCUGGAGGCCUUUAUCCUGACGCUGAUGGUUACAAGUGGCCUCACAUUAUAUGCUUUUCAGACCAAACGAGACUUCACUGUUUAUUAUGGCUGUCUCUUUGCUUUUCUCUGGAUCCUUUGCUUAGCAGGAUUUCUGCAGAUCUUCUUUCCUGGUGUGCUGAUUGAGCGAGCCAUGUCUGUUGGAGGAGCCAUGUUGUUCUCCUUUUUUAUCAUUGUGGACACACAGAUGAUGCUGACAAAGUUGUCACCAGAGGAAUACAUCAUGGCGGCCAUCAAUCUCUAUCUUGACAUCAUUAACCUGUUUCUGUAUAUUCUGCGUAUCUUUGGUGAACGCAAAUAAAUGGUUCCCUUUUUAUCUGCUCAGUUUACAUUGUGGGAUUUGCUGUUUUGUUCAAGAUAAGGUCAUAAUUAACAGCUUAUAUGACAUUUACUAUCUUGAGCUAUCCACUGGGUUUCUUCUUUGAUGCAACUUAGCUAAAUUUUUUUUUUUUUUGGUGGCAUAAAUUUUACUUUCAAUUCUUUAAUAAAAAUUGUUAAUAUUCCAGCUAGGUGUUGGGAUAUUUUUUUUUUUUUCAAGUUUUUAUUUUCUUAGCUAAAUUUUUUUUUUAUCCAUUUACUUGGAAAUGGUUAGUUUUAUAUGGUUAUUGGAGGUGACAAUAGAGACCAUUGUUUGCAGGUAUUAAUUACUUGACUUAAACUAUUUAAAUACAUGAAAGUAUGGAAAUAAAUGGAAAGUGCAGAAUACGAGUCACCUGACCAAAACUCAUUGUCUUGCUGUAAGAUGAAACUCCAUCUGCUGGCAGAAAAGGAUAUUGAACUUUUGAAAUAAAAAUUUUUGGGGUUUCAAAGCUUAUAUGAGGCUCCUGCGGUAAGUACAUAUGUCUGUGUGCACUUAUCUUACUAUAUUAUUAGGUGAAGGGAUCAUCAUACUAAAAUAUUUAGCUUUUGUUUAUAAAUAGGCAUAACAACAAUUAACAGAAGUGAUUCUGAUUUUUUGUGUAUUUAAUAUCUUUCUUGAAAUGCAAAGUGGUUAUUUAUUUUCAAAAUCCAUUUUCAUUUUUUGGGUAGAUUGUAACGUUUUGUCAGGAACAGCUCAUGAUGCUACUUUAUUUCAGAGUUUCUUGAAACAUUUCAAGCAUUAUCAAUAUAUUAAGGUGCGAGUUUCAUCACAAUGUACACUAUUUCAAAUGUUCUGCACAGACUUGCAUUGAGGGGCAUAAAAAUUUGAUAUUUUUACAUAACAUAAAAAACUUGAUUUAGUUUUCUCCGAUGCCUAUUUGGCAGAAAUAAUACUAAUACAUGUUAAUAAUUUAUCACCAGUAUAUGCAUCUGAAUUAUCUGUGAUGGUAAAUCAUGGUUUCAUGGUAAAAGUUUUGAAAUAAAAUUGAGAAAAAUU